AUGUUGCAUGAGGAUUCAGUGGAAGCAUUAUGGCUUGAUAUUCAGUACCAAAAUUUUAACCUCUUACUAUGUGUAUACAGAUCCACUCACUACAACAUGGAAAAAUCUGAUGAAUGUCUUUUCAACAAUAUUAAAAAAGCUGCAAAUUCAAACUCAAACCUGUUGAUAAUUGGUGAUUUUAACUUGCCAGACAUAAAGUGGCCUAUUGAAAAAACCUCAGGCUAUAAUAAAUUACACGAAAAUUUUAUUGAUCUUAUAAUUGAUAAUAAUCUUUCACAAAUGGUAAAUCAAAAUACCAGGAAACGGAACAAGCAAGAAUCUCUUCUGGAUCUUAUUAUUUGCAAUGAUGAGUCCCUCAUUAGUGAAAUCAAUUAUCACCCUCCAAUAGGAAAAAGUGAUCAUGUGAUUCUGUUGGCUGAGAUACAACUGGUGGGUCAAGUUGUAAAAGAAUUCGCGUCCUAUAAACGAGCUUUCAAAUAUGGUGAUUAUGAUGCAAUUAAUAAAUACUUGCUCACAUCUGAUAUCCCAGAAAAUGACUCUUUAGAUAAUACAUGGAGGAUGUUCAAAGAAAAUAUCUCUAUUACUAUUGAUAAGUUUAUACCAAAAAUAAAAAGUCGUAAGGGUUACAGUAAAACCAAACCAUGGAUUACUAAGGAGAUAUGUAUAUUAACGGACAGGAAAAAGAAGCAAUGGAAUAUAUAUUUACUUGGCCGAGAUAAUGAAUCUUAUAAAAAAUAUCGUGCCAUAAAUAAUAAAAUAGUACAGUUAACACGUCAAAAUAGGAUCAAUUUUGAAUCAAACAUUGCUGAUAGUGGAGAAAAAGCCUUUUAUGCAUAUGUCAGAAAACAAAUAUCAACAAGAGUUGACAUACCGCCAGCUCUUAUGAAUCCAAAAACAUUUGAAAUCACAAUAAAGUCAGUAGAGGUAGCUGAAAUAUUUGCUGAUCAAUUUGAACACGCAUAUGUGUGUGAGCCACCUGGGAAAUUACCAGAUGUGAACAUAGAGAGAGUACAGGCAUCAUUAGAAAACAUUGUAUUUACACCAGAGAAAGUUCUGAAGGCUUUAAAAACUUUUGAUGAAUCGACAGCUAGUGGUCCGGAUAAUAUUCCUGCUAUUAUGCUCCAACAAUGCAGCGCCAUCAUUAACCAAGUAACCUUAAUAAUGGAUCUGUCUUUUGCAAUGGGAAGACUCCCAACAGACUGA